AUGGCGACGAUGUUGUGGAUGCUAUUUAGCGCAGCUUUGACGCCCACCUCGGGCGUCACGGCGGGCACGGGCGUCUUUGAGCCGUGGCUACAGGAGCUAUGGAAACAGCCCACGGCGCAGGCAUUGGACCUGCGGGUAGCCAAGGGCCUUGGCGCCAAAGGCUAUGGCAAGGUGCGCAUUUCAGUGGUGGCUCCACAGCUGAUGGAGCUUUCAGAUUUCAAUUUCACCUACAAGCAGCAAUUCCGCUACAGAUGGACCCAGAAUUUCUUGCACAGCGCCUUGGUCGAUGUGAAGCCUGGAAAGAACACCUUCACCAUCGCAGGGCAGUCCGUGCAAGUGGACCUUCCCGCAGAGAAUCAGGGCAUCCGCGCGGUCUUUUGGUCCGACCCCUGCUUUUCGUCCAAGUGGAUUAGCUGCGCUUACGCUGAGAAAUUUCAGACUUUUCCACGCUCCGUAGCCAUGUUGAACGCGGUCUACAAGGACCCGAGCAUGGACAUGUUUGCCAUCCUUGGGGACAACUUCUAUGACCAGACAGGUGAACUGGCCAAGACUAUCUUCGAUCAGUUGUCACCAGACGUGAAGCGACGCUUUCUGCUGGUGGUCAAUGGCAACCAUGACAACUGGGUUUGUGGUGGUCCCGGGUGUGGAGAUGUUAGCGACAACUUUGGCAUUGGACAAAUGCAGUACUACACGGCGGACCCCAUCGCUUCACGGAGCGGGAACGGCGACUUUCUGGACUUUUCCAUUGAUCCAGACCAGAGGAAGGCCUGGAAGACUUUCCAGAACAAAGGCUCCAACUUCUUGGUCUACCACAAGUUGGGCAACAUCGGCUUUCUGGGCUUCAGUGGUGCGGCGGACUUUCAGGACAUGAAACCCUACUUCGAGGAGGCCUGCGACUAUUUCGUGCAGACGCAGCCUGCUACAGUGUUCCCAUUGGGCCAUUGGAAUGGAGGUGGUAUGGGCUGCCAGCCGGGCAUGUCAGUGCCUGCGCUUCGCAACGAGUUGCUAUCGCUCACGCAGUGCCGAGCCCUGGGCAAUCGUUUGAAGUAUAUGGACGGCCACGAGCACUGCAACUAUGUGCAGGCAAACACCACUGAACCAGUGGGGUUCAUGAUCGGCGCCCAUGGUAUGGAUGACUCCUGCAAGGCCCAGUAUGGCUUCCUCUACCUGGACAGCAGCAACGGCCGUGUGAAGCUCUACUACUUCGAGGUGGCCUCCGAGUCGGCAGACCAGUACGACCAGCUGAUCGCCUGCGUGGCGAAGGGAGGAUUGAGCUCUUGCACAAAGAUGGCCCAGCUCUGGCUGGAUGUCCCUGUGACCAGCGAGACAGAGACCUACGUCGUUUGA